GGAAAAUUCAGAGAAGAAAGCAUAACCCCAAACUAUUAUCGAUGGACCCAGAAACCGCCUUAGAACUGGUGAGGCAUGGCACCACUCUUCUUCUUCUCGACGUUCCUCAGUACACUCUCGUUGGCAUCGACACUCAGAUGUUCUCUACGGGACCUCAUUUUAAAGGUAUCAAGAUGAUUCCUCCUGGAGUUCACUUCAUUUACUACAGUUCAUCUAACAGGGACGGCAGUGAGUUUUCUCCAAUUAUUGGUUUUUUUGUUGAUACCAGCCCGUCACAGGUCAUUGUUCGGAAAUGGGAUCAAGAGGAAGAGCAUCUUGUCAAAUUGUGUGAAGAAGAGGAAGAAAGAUACUCAGAUGCAGUUAAAAGAUUAGAAUUUGACAAGAAUCUUGGACCAUAUACACUGACUCAUUAUGGGGAAUGGAAAUGCUUGUCUAAUUAUAUCACCAAGAAUACAAUUGAACGCAUUGAACCUGCUGGAGGCGAAAUUACAAUUGCUUGUGAAUCUGAGAUGGUUGGUAGUAUUCCUAAAACAGAAAUGGAGAAAGCAUUGAUUGAACAGCUGAAAAAUACCAAGUUUUCUAUACCAAUAGAAAAAUCCCAAAAAAGAGGUUGUUACUACACUCCCAUUCCCCGUGUUGUCAAGCAUAAGGGAAUGAAUAGCCAAGAUCUUACUCUUAUGAAUCUCGAUAAGACGCAGCUAUUGGAAACCACAUUGACAAAAGCAUAUGAAGGUGACGAAGAUUCACUUCUAGGAGAGUUACAAUUUGCAUUCAUUGCAUUUCUGAUGGGACAAUCACUUGAAGCAUUUCUACAGUGGAAGCUUUUAAUUGGUCUCUUGCUGGGCUGCACAGAGGCUCCUCUUCAUACCAGGAGUCGGCUAUUCACAAAGUUUAUUCAAGUCAUUUAUUAUCAGUUAAAAUACGGAUUAAAAAGUCAUCGGAAGGAUACUGGCGCUGCAGCCAAAGGAGUGACGGCAUUGUUGGAUGAAUCUUGGUUAUCUUCUGAUAGCUUUCUACACCGUCUUUGUAAGGAUUUCUUUUCAUUGGUACUGGAAGCUCCAGUGGUUGAUGGAGACCUCCUGAUUUGGACAAGAAAACUGAAAGAGCUGCUCGAAGAUUCUUUAGGAUGGCAAUUCAACGAAAACAGUGCAGUAGAUGGAAUGUACUUUGAAGAUGAUGACGAGUACGCUCCAGUGGUCGAGAUGUUGGAUGAUUCAAGGACUGCUUGAAUACAACAUGAACCAAAUCAUAUCCUUGAUGGUGCCUGCAGUGAGCAAAACUAGAAUGUUUUAUAUGACGUAAAGUUGCUGGAGUCGAAUCCUCCUAAUGAAUGCCCUGUGCCGCACCGCGCUCUGUCCUUGUGUUUAGAAGAAAAUAUGGUUUUGCUGUAUUAUGUGAAAUAAGGAUCUUUUAUUAGCUAGAGGUGUUUUUUUUCUUUUUUAUUUUUUUAUUUUUUUUAUUUUUUUUUAUUUUUGUGGGUUAACACUAGACAUUGUAUUGUAAUUUACUUGCAUAUGAUCUCUUUGAUUCCUGUUAAUUGUUCUAAGCUGUGGAUUGGAUUAGAACGUUGCUUUAAGAAACUGCCUUCAAAAUACUCUCUCAUGAGAUUUGGUC